AUGGGGUUUUCGAAUUCCGAGUUGCAUGUGCGAAUUUUUGUUACCUCCAUGCUCGUGAUUCUAAUGGGAACUUUCUCUGUUGCAGACACUGACCCUGUUGAUGUUGCAGCAAUCAAUAGUCUAUAUGUUGCUAUGGAGUCACCGCCUCUUCUAGGGUGGAAGCCUGAGGGAGGGGAUCCAUGUUUAGACCUUUGGCAAGGUGUGGAGUGUGUCUUCUCCAACAUAACUGCCAUACGGCUCGGAGGCUUCAAUUUGGGUGGGGAGCUUGGCAGUAAUUUGGAUUUUCCAUCCAUUAUAGAAAUUGAUCUUAGCAACAACCACAUUGGAGGAACCAUUCCAUUCACUUUACCACCUACUCUUACGAGCUUGUCUCUCGCAAGAAAUCGGUUAAAUGGAAGCAUUCCCGAUGCCUUAUCCUUAUUAUCUCAAUUGGCAAACUUGGAUUUGGCCGAUAACAACUUGACCGGCCAGCUGCCUUCCUCACUGGGGAGUUUAUCAUCUCUUACAUCAUUACGGUUGCAGAACAAUCAACUUGGAGGGACCCUUUUAGUUUUGCAGGACCUUCCUCUUCAAGAAUUGAAUAUCGAGAAUAAUUUAUUCUCUGGGCCAAUUCCUCCGAACGUGUCUAACAUCCCUAAUUUGAAAAAAGACGGGAAUCCGUUUAAUACUACUAUUAUUCCGACACUUCCUGCUUUAGCCCCCUCACCUGUAGUUACCGGUCUAUCUCCCGAAGAAUCACCUUGGCAUGUGGUUUACAGUCCUUCUGACUUCCCAUCACCGGCGCCUAGAAAUGUUAAGAAGUCUUUCCUAGCUAAGCACGGCUUUUGGAUUGCCGGUGCCGGUAUAUUAAUAUUUGUCGCUUUGGGAAUUUGUGUUUGUACGGUGUGGUGCUGUAAGAGAAAGCCGAAAGAUAAAAACUCUCAGAAGCUUGAUGUGGAGGCUUUUCCAAAUACUUUGCACAAACCUACUCACAGUGACGCGGCUGAGAAAACAUCGCGUUUCAAUGAAGUUCCUAAUAGAAGAACGAAUUCGGUUCCAAAGGUUCAGGAUGAACAAGAAGGAUAUGUCAACACAGUAACUGCAACUUCGGAAUACAAUAAUGUUUCCAAACCUUCACUUCUGCAGCCACCACCGCAUCCUCUGCCAAUCAUUCCCGUUGAGAAGGUCACCGUCAAUUCUGCGGUAACUACCAAAGCCGCUGAAAGAAAAAUGAUGACAAGUUCCGUCAAAAUGUAUACCGUUGCAUCACUUCAGCAAUAUACAAAUAGCUUUUCCCAAGAAAAUCUUAUCGGUGAAGGCACUCUUGGAUCUGUUUAUAGAGCCAAGCUCCCUGAUGGAAAGCUAUUGGCGGUGAAGAAACUCGACACUAGAGCUUUCAAGGACCAAACCGAUGAACAGUUUCUUCAAUUGGUAUCUAGCAUCUCAAAAAUCCAGCAUGUCAAUAUUGCAAAGCUCGUGGGCUACUGUGCUGAGUAUAACCAACGAUUACUUAUAUACGAGUAUUGUAAUAACGGAACCCUGCAAGAUGCACUUCACGGUGACGACGAACAUUGUAUUAAAUUUCCAUGGAAUGAACGCAUUAAGAUUGCACUCGGUGCUGCAAGGGCUUUAGAGUAUCUGCAUGAGAAUUUCCAGCCGCCCAUUGUGCAUCGUAAUUUCAGGUCUGCUAAUGUUCUCCUGAACGAAAAGUCGGAAGUGUGUGUCUCUGAUUGUGGAUUAGGUCAUUUGCUAUCUUCUGGCGCUGUUGGUCAGUUAUCUGGACGCCUCCUCACAGCUUACGGUUACAGUGCUCCAGAAUUCGAGUCUGGAAGUUAUACGCAGCAAAGUGAUGUGUUUAGUUUUGGAGUUGUAAUGCUAGAACUUCUCACAGGAAGAAAAUCCCACGACAGGUCACGGCCUCGCGGAGAGCAGUUUUUGGUGAGAUGGGCAGUACCUCAACUCCAUGACAUUGAUGCAUUAUCGAAAAUGGUUGACCCUCACUUAAAUGGAUCGUAUUCUAUGAAGUCCUUGUCACGUUUUGCAGAUAUUGUUUCGUCGUGUAUUCAGCGUGAACCUGAAUUCCGGCCAGCUAUGUCUGAAAUUGUUCAAGAUCUCCUUCUAACAAUGUAG